CCGCCCCGCGCGGGGCACGCCGGGAGCUGUAGUGCGGGCGGUGCCGGAGCGCGGCGGCCGCCAUGGCCCCCGCCGUGGGCCCGGGCGCGGCGGCCGCGCUGGCGCUGGCGCUGGCGCUGCUGGCGGCCGCCGCCCGCCCCGCCGCCGCCGCCUGGGACCUGCGGGCGCUGCGCUGCAGCUUCUCGGCGGCCUGCGAGUGCGGCUUCGAGCCCGACCUGCGCGGUCUGGAGUGUGAUUUGGCUAUGAAUCUGGUGGGGCAGCCCCUGGUGAAGCAGCAGGUGAUGAAAGGAGUGAGGGAGUUCCUGGAGAACCAGAACCCCAUGAAACCCCUUGUGAUGUCCUUCCACGGCUGGACUGGGACUGGCAAAACCUACGUGAGCUCCAUGCUCAUCCGCCACCUCUUCCGGGAUGGACUCCGCAGCCCAUAUGUUCACCAGUUCUCUCCCAUAGCACACUUCCCUCAUCACGAGCAGAUAGAGCAGUACAAGGAGAACCUGAAGCAUUGGAUCCAAGGGAACUUGACAAACUGUGGACGAUCUGCUUUUCUCUUUGAUGAGAUGGACAAGAUGCACCCGGGUCUGAUCGAUGUGAUCAUGCCAUUCCUGGGACCCUCGUGGGUUGUUUACGGGACCAACUACCGCAAAGCAAUUUUCAUUUUCAUAAGCAAUGCAGGAGGAGAACAGAUCAAGGACAUGACCCUAGAUCUCUGGCAUGCCCACAAGGAUCGUGAGGAGAUCAGCCUGCAGGACAUGGAAUCAGCCAUCUCAAAAGCAGUUUUUGAAAAUCCGCAGAGUGGAUUCUGGAAAUCUGGGAUCAUUAAUGAACAUCUCAUUGAUUUUGUUGUGCCCUUCCUCCCACUGAAGCGCCACCACGUAAAGCAAUGCGUCAUCAACGAACUCAUCCAGCAAGGCCUAGAAUUACGUCAGGAUGUCGUCCAGGAAGUGGCUGACAGCAUCCCCUACUUCCCAGAGGAAGAGAAAAUAUUUUCAUCAACAGGCUGCAAAACAGUAGCCUCUCGGAUCAGUUUUUUCUUGUAGCCACUGGCAAGGAAUCUCUUCUGAAGCAGCAUGUGGAGUCUAUAGCAGAUCAGACGUGACCAGCCCUCAGGAGAUGCUGUACCUGCAGCCUUGCUCAGAUUCGUACGAUUUAGGAUGUAUAUCAAGCUGUAAAGCUGCAGAGCCCAGGACUGGAGGGAUAAGCACGAGGAGCUACGUGUUACCUCCGAGUAGCACGAGUGCUCUCCCUGCUGAGCUCACCCCUCUAGCCCCACAGAGGCAGCUGCAGGAUACAGCUGUGGGAGCAAAUGCAAGUGAUGUGACUUAAAGCACAGCUGUGGGAGCAAAUGCAAGUGAUGUGACUUAAAGCACUUUACUGAUUUCUCUGGCCAAGUGAAUGUGGAUACUGAACAGGCCAGUGCACCACCCGAGACAUGCUGUGACAAAGAAGGGAAGAUGCCAAGAGGCACAGUAGUGACAGGGAGGUUUUUCCCCUGUUCCCUGUCAGAAGCACCCAUCUGUGGCUCUUCCUUCUCCUGGCAGCUAUUGAGAUCUAAUCCAUCAAGAUUCUGAGCCCAGAAAAGACUUUUUUAUCUACAGUAUUUUAACAAUAUUUACUACCUUUUUUUUUUUCACCAUGUGAAAAUGCUGGUGUUCUGGCAUCUGCAACACUGACCCAUGAAGACCUUCGACAAUAUAGUGAAAUGUGCUUUUCAGGGAAGUUUUAGAGCCAACUUCUUUCCAGUUUCCUUUCACUGUGAAUAGAUGCUGGUUAAGUCCAGCUUCAGCAUCAACUAGAGUAUGGGUAUAAGGGAAAUGGCAACAUCUGACCUGCCGAGAGCCCUGCUCUUCCCACCAUCCCUUGUCCAUCUUCCCCAUAAGGCCUAAAGGAUUUCCCUGCAACUAACUGGGGGGCGGGGGGGGAAGACAUCUUGCUUGUCUUCCCAGCUACAAAAAAUUUGAGUCCUACCUCCGAGGAGACUGCAGUGUCGCUAAUGGUUUUGAAAAUUCUUUUUAUUCAGUGAUGAUUUCUCCAGCAGGCUGAGAAGUUCUUGCUGUGGUGAACUGCUGAGCCUCUUGCACAUCCUUCUGCUGGUCAGACCACACACGCUUUGGCUGGGCCACGAUCCAUUCAGCUUCUGGAAAGUGCCACUUACAACGAAGGGACCUGGGGAUAAUUCGGAGAAGAUUAGUACUGUCGAGCACUGGGCACACGGCACUGCAGGCCUUUGCCCCCUGUUUUAAUCCCGCCCAUGCAGAGGGUUAGUGGAGUACAGGUCAGAGGAAACAAUCGUUCACUCUGGGACCAAACUGCCCAACGGAUGGGUGAACAGGCACAUUUAGGAAAGUCCCCAAUGCUCCUCUUGGGCCCUGGGUCUCUGCCCUACUCUGAAACAAGCUGCCAGCACUUGGGACCAUUCCAGCCUCCCUCCAGGGCCUGAGCUUGGGCAACAGCAAUGGCAGACGCUAUCCAAACGCUGCCUGGGAGCCAGUCCACGGACAGACUCAAUUAUCCUGCCUCAUUCAAAAAUGUGACGCAUUUCUAAUUUUAAAAUAAAUCCUUUAUGAAAUAAA